AUUUAAUUGAAUUAAUGGAAACAUGUUGGCAUCAGGAUCCAGAAAAAAGAAAAUUUGCAGAAGAUUCGUAUUACUCGCAUAUAAAGAAAAAUGGCGGCCUGGCAAGUGCAUUGUAUAAACUUUAUGAAAAAGCACGUAAAGGCGAAAUAAAAUUUCCCGAAAAUAUAGAUGCGAGUAUUUUGCCAACUAAAAUAAAUGAUCAAGAAAUUUAUUCUAGUCGACCAUUAACUCAAUUCAUUAGUAAAGCAUUUACUUUACAAAGUAUGCGAUUAAAUAGUAAUGUAAUUACAG